UUUUAGGUUGAAGUUGGCAAAGAUUAGACAUCAUUUUAGAGAGGUGUCCUUAAGCACUACUGAAAACACGGUUCUGACAGUGUUUCGUGACAAUGGAUGGUGACAAUUCCACAACAGAUGCUUCUCAACUAGGAAUCUCUGCAGACUAUAUUGGAGGAAGCCAUUAUGUUAUCCAGCCUCACGAUGACACUGAGGACAGCAUGAAUGACCAUGAAGACACAAAUGGUUCAAAAGAAAGCUUCAGAGAACAAGAUAUAUAUCUUCCAAUUGCAAAUGUGGCAAGGAUAAUGAAAAACGCCAUCCCUCAAACGGGAAAGAUUGCAAAAGAUGCCAAAGAAUGUGUUCAGGAAUGUGUCAGUGAAUUCAUCAGCUUUAUAACGUCGGAGGCCAGUGAAAGGUGCCAUCAAGAGAAGCGGAAGACAAUCAACGGGGAGGACAUUCUGUUUGCCAUGUCGACUUUGGGCUUUGACAGUUACGUAGAACCUCUGAAAUUAUACCUUCAGAAAUUCAGAGAGGCUAUGAAAGGAGAGAAAGGAAUUGGUGGAGCAGUCACAGCUACAGAUGGACUCAGUGAAGAGCUGACAGAGGAGGCAUUCACUAACCAGUUACCAGCUGGCUUAAUCACUGCAGAUGGUCAGCAACAAAAUGUUAUGGUUUACACUACAUCAUAUCAACAGAUAUCUGGUGUUCAACAAAUUCAGUUUUCAUGAUCUGAAAAAAAAAAGACAGAUGGGAAUGUUUCUACGUGAACGAGGCUGUAUGAUUCCGCAACAGAGCCGUGGGCAGUGCUGACCGGGAAAGAGGGUCCCUUGUACAUUAAAUAGCUGUAAUGUAGCUUCCUGAUGCUUGACUAAUUGAGGUGUGAAUUCUGACUGGAGAAUCUUUUUCAUGAAUGAUUUUAAAGAAAAAUUUGGAUUUUAAAGGUAUUAAAGUAUUUUUGUUUUGUACGAGAGUUUGUUGCUCUGUAUGACUCCUGUAUGCAUUGUAUAUUGCAAUUUAUUACUGUCAAGAGAUUUGUAGACAGUUUCUUAUUUUCAUAUUGAAUCAUGUUACUUUUGUAAUUCAAGUAAGCAGCUGGGUUAAUUCAUGAUAUUUACCCUUUUAAUAAAACAUAAGGGUAGAGUUCAUUUUGAAUGCAAGUUGCCUUUAUUAUAAAUUUCAGUUUGUCUUUGUUCUAUCUUGCAUGAUAACCUAGCUAGAUUUUUAGCUUUUGAUGUAUUUAUUAAAAUUAAAAUAUUUCUUUUCCUUUGGUAAUACA